GUGAGAAAGAUAGAGUAAGAAAUGACUGAAUGUACAAGUAAUGUUAGUAAAUUGAAAUAUUGACAAUAAAAACUUAUUUGAUUUCUAAGGGUUGUAUUGAGUGCAAUUUGGAAUUCUGUGAAUCAAUGAGUCAAAAAUAUUAUUACUGAUAAUAUUGUUUCCCUUGGUUGUGUUCCUUUCCUUUAUUUAUUUAGCCUGUGUUCAUAAAAUUCACUGUGACCGCUGUGUUUACAAAGUUACUGGCUUAUGUUUCAAUAUUUCAUCUGGUCUAAGGACCUUAUAUUCUGAAAAUCAUCCUUCAUUUACUUCCAAAUUGAUGUGAAUACCGAAAAAUUUUUUCAUUUUUUCUCAACCUCUCUAUCUGUUCCCUUACCCUUUCUUCUUCUUUCUUGCUUUCCAUGGGCCAAGUGCUAAGAUUACCAUUCAAUGGCAAACUAUUAAAAUGUCUCUUACCGUUAGACCUCCAACUACGUGCAAGAUGUUCAUAAUUAAAACAUUGGAGAAAAUUUUGGCCGACAGAGAGAUCAGAAAGUCGGCCAAUGUUCACAUUAAAAAGGCUUGUGAAACAGCUCUUGAUGAGAUCAAGAAAAAAAUGGGACCUGAUGUUGUAAAUAAUCAAAGCUCUGGAAAUUUUUCAACAGCCUUGCCCUUACCUAAGGACCAGGAAAAUAGCAUCAACAUAGAUGCCGAAAAAUAUUUUCAUCCUCUAGAGCUUAGUUGUGGAUCGAAAUCAGCUAGAAUUGUGAUUAUUGCUUUAGACUGUAUCCAAAAGUUGAUUGCAUAUGGUCACAUAACCGGUAAUACCCAAGAUCCCCGUAAUCCAGAAAAACUGCUGAUUGAUGUUAUUGUUGAUACUAUAUGUUCAUGUUUUCAUGGACCAAGUACCGAUGAAGGAGUCCAAUUGCAGAUUAUCAAAGCCCUAUUAACCGUUGUUUCUUCCCAAUAUUGUCAAGUUCAUGAGGGAAGUGUUUUAUUGGCAGUUAAAACUUGUUAUAAUAUAUACAUAGGAAGCAAAAAUUUAAUUAACCAGACCACUGCAAAGGCAACUCUAACUCAAAUGUUGAAUGUAAUCUUUCGUAGGAUGGAAGAAUGUGCAAAUAUUGAAGAUAAUUUAUCAAAUUCCGAUUUUCAAGAAAAUAUCGACACAGAGAUUGAAUCAGCUGUUGUGUCUAUUGUUAAUGACAUGGUAGAUUAUGUUGUUUCUAGUGAAGAGAGACACGAUUUAAAACCGGAAAGAAGUAGUGGAAGUUUUAAUUCAUCAUCAUCAUCUAAUCAUAUAGCCUCAAAUCACUUAAAUCACCGGAUACCUUCAUCUGAUAGCCUUGAAGCCUCCGAUACAACCUCUUUAGCUAACAGUGAAGGAGGAGCUGGUCUAAAGUUUACUCAUGUAACUCAAAAAGAUGCAUAUUUAGUUUUUCGCUCUCUUUGUAAGCUUAGUAUGAAAGUACUUCCUGAAGGACACCUGGACCCAAAGUCUCAUGAACUUCGUUCCAAGAUACUUUCCCUCCAACUAAUUCUAUCUAUUUUGCAAAAUCCUGGACCAGUGUUCCAAUCUAGUGACUUAUUUGCCAUUGCCAUAAAACAAUACUUGUGUGUCGCACUCUCCAAGAAUGGGGUAUCUAAUGUGCCUGAGGUUUUUGAGUUAUCAUUGGCUAUUUUUUCUGUUCUCCUCAAAAAUUUCAAGACGCAUCUAAAAAUGCAGAUUGAAGUAUUCUUCAAAGAAAUAUUUUUAAAUAUCUUGGAAACACCAACCAGUAGCUUCGAACAUAAAUGGAUGGUCAUUCAAGUUUUAACUAAAAUAUGUGCUGAUGCACAAAGUGUUGUUGAUAUUUAUGUUAAUUAUGAUUGUAACCUCUCCUCUGCAAACAUCUUUGAACGAUUAGUCAACGAUUUGUCCAGGAUUGCUCAAGGUAGAGGACAAUUACUUGAUAUGGCUUUAGUUACAGCGAACCAAGAACGAAGUAUGAGGAUCAAAGGUCUGGAAUGUUUAGUCUCUAUUCUCAAGUGCAUGGCUGAGUGGAGUAAAGAUCUUUACAUUAACCCUCAUCAAAUGGCUAACUUGAAUCAAAAUCAACCCAAAGAAAACGGCGAUGAUAAUGGAAUCCAUACUACAUCAGAUGAUUAUGACAAUCCAGAAAAAAUUGAAGUCGUCAAAAACCAAAAGAAAAUUAUUGAACAAGGAAUCGAUCUUUUCAACUGGAAACCUAAGCGGGGUCUUUCAUUCCUCCAAGAACAUGGCUAUCUUGGCGAGACUGCAUGGGAUAUAGCUGAAUUUUUCCAUUCUAACGAUAGACUGGAUAAAACAUUGAUUGGUGAAUAUCUUGGUGAUAAUGAUCCUAACAAUAAAGAAGUCAUGUACGCAUAUGUUGAUCAGAUGGACUUUAGCAAUCGUGAUAUUGUAUCAGCUUUAAGGCUAUUUUUAGAAGGUUUUAGAUUACCCGGAGAAGCUCAAAAAAUCGAUAGAUUGAUGGAAAAGUUUGCAUCAAGAUACUGUGAAUGUAAUCCAAAUGAUACCCUGUUCGCUAGCGCUGAUACAGCUUAUGUUCUGGCCUAUUCAAUAAUAAUUUUAACUACUGAUCUUCACAGUUCUCAAGUUAAAAAUAAAAUGACCAAAGAACAAUACAUUAGAAUGAAUCGAGGUAUCAAUGAUAGCAAGGAUCUACCUGAAGAAUAUCUAUCACAAAUAUAUGAUGAAAUAGCUGAAAGUGAAAUCAAAAUGAAAGGUGAUCAUGGAAUGAAAUGGAAACUAAAUAAAGAUGUAACUAAUUUGAAAAAGCGACGAUUAUUGUACAACAUGGAGAUUGAACAAAUGGCUAAAACUGCCCGAGUGUUAAUGGAAAGUGUUGCCCAUGUUGAAGCACCUUUUACAUCAGCAAAGCAUCUUGAACAUGUUCGACCUAUGUUUGAAAUAGCAUGGACUCCCUUUUUAGCCACUUUCAGUGUUGGUCUUCAAGAUUGUGAUGAUGACAUGGAAAUAGCCUCUCUGUGCCUUGAAGGUAUCCGUUGUGCCAUCAGAAUCGCCUGUAUUUUUCAUAUGGAUCUUGCAAGAGAAGCUUAUGUGCAAGCUCUUGCUCAAUUUAGUUUAUUAACAACAACGUCCAGUCACACUGAAAUGAAAACUAAAAACAUUGACACAAUCAAAACAUUGAUAGCAGUAGCUCACACCGAUGGCAACUAUUUGGGUCAAUCUUGGCUUGAAAUUCUUAGAUGUAUCUCUCAACUUGAACUAGCUCAACUUAUUGGUACCGGUGUUAAACCUUCUCUUUUAAACACAUCCAAUACAUCAUUUCCUAAUGUAAGCAUAUCCAGAUUUGAAGGAAUUUCAAUCUUCUCCAGUGACUCUGCGUCACGAACCAACACUACAUUCCAUAAAAAAGAUGACCAGCUUUUAAAUGAAACAAGUUCACAAAGCGUUGUAGUUGCGGUGGACAGAAUUUUCACAGGCUCUACAAGACUUGAUGGAGAUGCAAUUGUUCACUUUGUGGAUGCUCUAUGUAAAGUCUCUUUGGAAGAGUUAUCAUCGAGUUCUCACCCAAGAAUGUUCAGUCUUCAAAAACUAGUGGAAAUAUCUUAUUAUAACAUGGGUAGAAUUAGGCUUCAAUGGUCCAGGAUAUGGGAAAAAUUAGGUAUUCAUUUCAAUAAAGUCGGCUGCUCUGGCAAUGAGGCGGUUGCUUCUUUUGCCCUUGACUCUCUUCGUCAAUUAUCAAUGAAAUUUAUUGAAAAAGGAGAGUUCGCCAAUUUCCGGUUUCAAAAAGAUUUCCUUCGUCCAUUUGAACAUAUUAUGGAACAUAAUGAAAGUCCUGACGUAAGAUAUUUGGUUGUGGCUUGUAUCGGACAAAUGGUUACCUCGCAAGCUAAAAACAUUAAAUCUGGAUGGAAAAAUAUCUUCAGCAUUUUCAGUUUGGCAGCAAAAGAGGCAAAUCAAUCGAUUGUUGAAUUAUCUUUUCGAAAGACUUCUGAAAUUAUUAACGUUCACUAUGAAAAUUAUUUCCAUCUUAUGAUUGACUCAUUCCAAGAUGCAGUUAAGUGCCUUUCCGAGUUUGCCUGUAAUCAAAAUUUUCCUGAUACCGGUAUCGAAGCAAUCAGUAUGAUAAGAACUUGUGCAAAAUAUAUCGCUGAUCAACCCAAUAGAUUUUUAGAUGUUGUUUUAGAUCAGGCUAAUCAAGUGAAUUCAGAUGUUCCCUCUGACAUAGUUGGUGAAAUUGACAAAAUAUGGAACCGAGGCUGGUCUCCUCUGCUCUUUGGUCUCGAACGUCUUGUAUCUGAAUGUAAACUGGAUGUGCGUACCCGUGCUUUAACUGUUAUGUUUGAAAUUAUCAAAUCAUAUGGAGAUAGUUUUCAAAAGCAUUGGUGGAACUAUUUAUUUGAAAUAAUUUUCAAGAUCAUUGAUCAAAUGAAAAGACCUGAAAGUAGUGCAGAAAAAAUUGAAUGGAUGACAACAACUGGUAACAUCGCUCUCAUCUCAGUUAUCAACGUUUUCACUCAGUAUUAUUCUGUUCUUGGAACAUCUCUUCUUUAUGAUUUAUAUGAAAGAUUAUUAUGGUGUAUGACAGAAGGUAAUAAGGAACUUGCAAAAUCUGCAACCGAUUGUAUGGAAAAUUUGGUCAUCUCAUGUGGAAUGCAAUUUGAUAAUGAGACUCUGACCAUGACUUUUCAAUGUGAUUAACUAAAUAAUUAUAAUUAAAUAUACUUUCUGAAAAAAUAAUAAACAAAAAGUUCUUACUUUAAAUAUUCCGUUCUGAUCAA